GAAGAAAAGUACCGACUUCUUCUUCUUCUCUUUCUUUUUUCUUGUUUUUUUUACGGUGGCGCACAAUUUAUGCACGUGUCUGCCCCUAGCGCUUUGAACGAAGCAAUACAACAACACUUCACACAGAUCAUUGGUUGUUUAAAACAAAGAAAUACAACUUCUGUACAUUAUUUGUACAACUUAUAGCUUGUUUAGGGUUUAAUAUAGCAUAUUUGAUGGUGGCGACAAGUGGUAUAGAAACUGGAUGGAUGGAUGGAGGAUGGAUGGAUUGAUGGAUGGAUGGUUGGAUUUAAUAUUGGUGAAAAUAUCCGCACUUCACACGGCUCAAUGCUUAAAACAAAGCAUCACAUCUUCUGUACACAUAUGUAUACAACUUACAGAAUGGUUUUGGGUUUUGUAUUUCAUAUUUGAUGGAUUUAAUUUUGUCGUCCAUUUUAGAUCUAUGUGUAGACCUAAAAUAGACGUCUAUUUUAGGUUAUUCUUUUUAUAUCAUUAUUAUUUAUUCUGUUUUAUGUACAUGAAGUUAACCUCUAUUCUAAAAUAGAGGUCUAAAUUAGGUCUAUGUGUAACCUAAUAUAGACGUCUAAAUUAGGUCUACAUAUAGACCUAAUAUAAACGUCUAAAUUAGGUCCACAUAUAGACCUAAUAUAAACGUUGAUCAGGUUAAAGAAAUAACCACACGUCACCCGGAUCAAUGGUCGUUUAAAACAAAACAAUGCAACCUCUGUUUAUUACUUAGACAACCUACAGCUGGUUUAUGGUUUAAUAUUUCAUAUUUAAUGGAUUUAAAUUUGUCGUCUAUUUUAGGUCUAUAUAUGGACGUAAUUUAGACGUCUAUUUUAGGUCUAUAUACAGACGUAAUUUAGACAUCUAUUUUAGGUCUAUAGAUAGACGUAAUUUAGACGUCUAUUUUAGGUCUAUAUAUAGACGUAAUUUAGACCUCUAUUUUAGGUCUAGAAAAUAACCUAAAAUAGACGUCUAUAUCAGGUUACAGAAAUAACCAAUUCUCAUGUACGGAUCAAUAUGCUUGUUAAACACAAAUCCAAACAACUUCUGUACAUUAUAUAUACAACUUGAGACUUUAAAAUUUCGCAACAUGAUCAGAUUUGAUGUUUUUAAUUUAGACCUCCAUUUCAGGUCUAUACCGAGACUAAUUUUAAAAAGUUAAAAAAAAGGUAAAGUCCCAAUGAUCGUCACACACACGUCUGGGUGUGGUGAAAUUUGUCCUCUGCAUUUAACCCAUCCCCGUGUGAUUUUAAUCCAUCCCCUGGGGGAGAGGGGAGCAGUGAGCAGCAGCGGUGCCGCGCUCGGGAAUCAUUUGGUGAUCAAUUUAGACGUCUAAAUUAGGUCUAUACAUAGACCAGACGUCUAAUAGACAUCUAUGUUUGACAGGAAACCUGGCCUGUUUACUGCAGUCACAAACACCAAUAUCACCCUUCUUAUUAAUACAAUAACAAUAAUAAAACAAACUUAAUACAUCUAAUAAAAAAUUUAUUCAACUUUCAUAAAGUUGUUCCUUUGUAUUUAAUUUAUGAUUAUUUUAAUCUUUGACUUUUCUGGUAGUGCAAUUGACAACAGAUUCUCCAUUGCAACAUCAACCUAUCUGCAGACAGCAAAGGAUAUAGUUACAUAUUUACAAGUUAAUUUACAAUGGAGAGGAAUGUUGGUGCGAAUUCUCGGCCCCUAUACAUUUUCAUCUAACCAAAUCUGGCCCGCUUUGCAAAAAGUGUCAUCAUAAUCAUAAUCACAAAAUAUUAAUCCAUAGUCUUUUUGUUGUUUGCGAUCACUGUGAGUGGGCGGCGCGGAACGUCAAAGCGCCGGUGUUGGGUAUGCGCACAUUGAGCGAGCGUGGACAGAAGUGUAAUUUCCCUUCCUGGUUCGUUCUCCACCAAACACACAAAUCAACCGGGACGCCAUGCCACCAUAAAAGAACAUGGCACAGAUGGAGGAGACUGAUGAUAUUAAAAGAGCGGCGGAUAUGCUGACGGAGGAAGUUUCUGCUGUUAGACAACAGCAGAAAACCAUCAUGAGCCUGGUAGAGGAAGUAAAACCUUUCGUUUCGUUUCGUUUAUUUAUUUCAAACAUGUGAAAAAAGAAUAGGCUUACGUAUUGUACACAAUAAAAGACAUAACAAAAUACAUGCAUAUACACAUACAGACAUACCUACAUUCAUACAUAUAGCAUAUAGCCGCAAAAGAACCAUAAAUAACAUUCACAUGUCUGAAAAGGAGUAGGAAGAAGUAUAAUUUAUUUAAUCCCACCCCCUAUUUAAUAAUCCCUAAAUACCAAGCCAUAAAUAAUUUUGCCUCAGUUAUCCCAACAAAGUACUAAAUUACUUUGAGAUUACAAAUCACAGAGAAGGACAAGCCGAUUAAUUUGCUGGAGAAUCAGGUGGCCGAUCUGGAGCAAUACACCAGAAUGAACGACAUCAUCAUCACCGGUUUGGAAACAAAACCCCGUUCAUAUGCAUGAGCAGUGAUGACGCGGAACCAAGAGGAGCCGAGUGAGGAGGACACGACAUCCAUUGAACUCCAGGUGAUCGACUUUCUCAGCUCAAAAGGAAUUGAGUUAGAGAGGGGACCAUCGAGGCUUGUCAUCCGCUUGCAAGAAGAAAUAUUUAUACAAAACGAGCAAUAAUAGUGCGGUUUGCAAACAGGAAACACAAAUACAAGCUACUAAAACAGGGGAGACGGCUGAAAGGAUCAGAUGUAUACCUCAACGAGAAUCUGACAAAGAAAAAUGUGGAUAUUGCAAGAAUGGCCCGUCUGUUAAGAAAACAGAAGAAAAUACAAUCUACAUGUAUUUCAAACUGCAAAGGAGUUAUCAAACUAAUCGGAACACCAGAACAAGCCAAAGUAGUGGUAGUUGUUAGAGUGGUGCUCACUCUAACUUAUUUUGCAAGAACCACACGGGAGACAGUUUGCCCUUUUAGACACCUGCAGGUGGAGAGUCCAUUUGUCGCUGUGCGUACAGCGAUGAUCAAAUGAGGUCUGACUCUGGCCUCCCGCUAGAGCCUUUUUAUUAAGAGAAACAGGGUGGGGGUGAGAGUGGACUGGAUAGACAAAGCCCUUGACCUCUAGUCAAAACAUAGCAAAGGGUGUUUUACGACGUUGUGUAGGAUGGGACAGGCUAGGUUAUUUAUUACAGGUUGUAUUCCAUAAUCAUACGAUCAAUAUAGUUUGGAAAACGCUGACAGUAGUCAUCAAGGAGCUGGAGAAGCUGAGCAAAUACCAAUAAAACAUACAACACUAAGGUAAACACAAACCACAUUCAUGACAACGGCUAAUGACAAUAACACCUUCGGACUAGAAACCUUUGUAUCUACAGAACAUAAAUCACAGGAACGAAUAUGAUAUUGAUCCAGAUAACAACCUACUCAUUGAUAUAGGAAACAGCUGCAUUUACUACCGUUUUUUUCCGUGUAUAGUGCGCAAAAUUUUACUAAUUUAUUGUCCUAAAAUCUGGGGUGCGCAUUAUACAUGGGUACAAUAAAAUGUCAAUUUUUUUUUAAAUAAUAUUCUUUUUUUAUUUUUUUUUUUUAAAGAAAGUCAUAGUACAACAAAACCAACAACAGGACUGACCGACAAAGUCGUGGAACAUAAAGACAGGGUGACAUUACCAAAGACAGGAACAGAAACCGCAUCAUGACAGUAACACAUGCAAUGAUCCGACGGUGAGCGAGGGGCAGACGGGACUUAAAUACAAAACACGUUACAUCGAUUGAGGUGACACAGGAAGAGAGGGGCGACACGAACAGAAACUAUGGCAACCUAGACACAUAGCAAAACUGGGGACGAGACAUGACAAAUCUCCCUCGAAAUAAAACUUGAAAUCACCUUUCUUCUUGUUUGUUGUCAAUCGCGCAUCGCAUUCAGCCAUCCAAAAUUCAUAAUUGACGACACAUCGUUUGAUGCGAUGGUGCAAUCCUUGAUGGUGUGUUAUUGUCAAAGAUUGUUUGUUUUUUAAUCUCCAUCGCGGACCGGACGUCAUACGGAGGCCGCCAUUACAGAUGCGCAGAACGGUUGCGCAAGACACGUCAGCUCUAUAAAGAGCGAGAGUUCAGUUCUCCACCUAUUAGUUUCAAUUCACAGUUUAAUUAGCAGUUUCAAUCAGCAAAUAACAAAAUGCGUAUUACAGGUCGGCCAUAUUUUAUUUCACAACACUUUGCCUUGUUCCUUUCGUUUCUGCUGUUCAUCCUAAAACACAAAGGCGCUCUUUAAGCAAUGCGACAGUGAGCGCCCGGCGCGCUGCGGUUGUGCGACCGCACCAAAUUAAGCUCCCUGCGCAGUGCGCACUGAGGUCCACUUAAAUUUUAGAAAGUACAUCAGGACUUUAAAAAUAUCUUCUAAAUUUCAGCGACGGCUCUGUCACAAUAAUGCGACCAGCGCGGUGCAGUUGGGCGGUCGGCGGUGCGCUACGGUUGAGCGUUCUCUCUCGCGCUCUCUCUCUCGCUCUCUCUCGCUCUCGCACACACGCGCACACACGCACACGCGCACACACGCAAACCGGAUAUCAUACGGAGGCCGCCAUUACAGAUGCGCAGAACGGAUGCGCAAGACACGUCAGCUAUAUAAAGAGCGAGAGUUCAGUUCUCUACCUAAAUCCGUAUUACAGGUAAUAUUUUAUUUCACAACACUUUGCCUUGUUCCUUUCUUCUCUGCUGUUCACUUCAAACACGCUCCAUGCGACCGCAAUGCUCUCGUAUCAGACGCUUGCUCGAUCACCUGCUCGUUUGCUGUUUGUCACAAUGUACCCUACACAAAUCCGAAACAUUUGUUGCGGCUCCGAGUCACGACCUGGGGAAAGUUUUGGUUUCCAAGGGUGUUUUUAUUCCUCUUCAACGUCUCUCCCAUACAGAGCCGCCUUUUUCACGUCCGCACGCCUUUUUCAAAUGUGCGCACUGAGCGCAGCGCGGUGGUGCCUUUACGGGCAGUCGGAAAAAUCAACGCCAACAAAAAAAAAUACAUCCAGCCUAGUUAAGACCAUACCAAAGACUAUAAAAAUGGGACCAAUUGCCUCCCUGCGUGUGACGAUCAUUGGGACUUAAAAAAAAAAAAGAAAAUUAAAAAAAAUUCAUAAAAAUUGGGUGCGUAUUAUACAUGGGUACAGGCUUUUUUCCAGCAUCAGCAUGCCAUUUUUAGGGUGCGUAUUAUACAUGGGGGCGCACUAUACACGGAAAAAAACGGUACACAGAUGAGCACUACAAUUCAACUUUCCAAGCAUAACAUAUCAAUCAUCCACUUCAAUAGUAGAAUCGUGUAUGCCACUUCCAUAACAUUAAAGAGUAUCCGAAACAGUUUGAGAACCCAUUCAACAUCAUAGCAAUCUCAGAGACAUGGAACACUGACAGAGGUGUGGAUUUUUAGAUGGAGGGCUAUUAACUAAAUCAUAUAAAUAGAGAGAAUAAGAGUGAAGGAGGUGUGGCAAUGUAUGUGGACAAAGGGCUGAAGUAUAAGGUGGUGGAGAGUAUGACAUCAGCUGUUGAUAAUCUGGUGGAAUGUAUCACAGUGGAAAUUUGUAUGGAAAGAACAAAAAAUAUAAUUGUGAGCUGUGUAUACAGAACUCCAGCAUCAAGUAUUGAUAUUUUUCAAAACUGGAUGGAAAACAUGGUAUCUAGAUCAUUGCAGAAGACUUUGUUUAUCUGUCAGGGUUUUAAUAUCGAUCUAUUAAAUCCAAAAAAAGCAUAAAAUAACUGGACAUUACUUAUAUACAAUGUACAGUAUGGGCUUAUACCCCCAAAUCACCAAACUUAGUAGAAAUACUCAUUGUGCUACAUUAAUAGAUAACAGAUUUACAAAUAGUAUGGAAAACAAUACAGAAAGUGGGCUUUUAUAUAAUGACAUCAGUGACCAUCUUCCUGUAUUUAUUGUAUUUCACUGUAACUUCUGGAAACCCAAGGACAUGAAUCAGUUGAAAUACAAACGUACGGAUGAAAACAUACAGAUAUUUAAGAGUGAAUUGUUGAAACAAGACUGGAAUGGACUUUACGAGGAAGGAGAGAUUGACAGCAUACAGUAUAUUUAUAAAUAUCUUUAAAACAUUACCGUAAUUUUUGGACUAAAAGUCGCUCCCGUCAGGCCCGUUCGCAGCUCUUUGUUUGUGUUUAUGUCACGUUUAUCUAUCGUCUAGCCCAGGGGUGGGCAAACUUUUUGACUCGCGGGCCGAACUGGGUUCUAAAUUCGGACCGGAGGGCCGAACCAGGAGCAGAUGGACGUAGUGUUUGUGUGAAGUAAUAUAAGCGACCUGUAAAGGUCAUUGCAUAAAAGAUUUUGGCCUUUAGUAGGUAGUAAAGCAUGGAUAUUCCCAACAAGUUUUUUGAAAACAAAUGCAUUUACAGCAUUAAAAAAAAUAUAUAUUAUGGAUAACAGUCUCCAUCACUUCAGUGCCUGCAGGUCAGAUUAAUGAAAGAUGUUUAUUUUAUGAGAUCACAUCAAACGGCAAACAUUCUGACCAAAUAUAUCAUCUUGAAGAAUCGGUGAAAGCAUACAUCCAAAUAAAGUAAUCAAAACUGCAACACGGUGAGGGGUAUCUGAAAAUCAGAGCAGAGUUUUAACUCACAAACAUCUGGUAACAGAGGUGAGGACGUCGCGAACGUCGAGCCAAAUUGGUCACUCUUUUUUUAACAUUCGGCACUCACUUCUUUUCUUCGGGCCACUGAUUUAAAUUGAAGGAUUCCAGGGGAAGGUUUGUGGGUGGCUUUAGCGUAAAACGGUAUCUGAAAGCUCAGCGUGCGAAUUGCAACAACGGCGUCGUCACAGCUCACGCUCUAAAUUCGGGGCUGAUACAAAUAGCGCGCGAGUGCGCCAUGUCCGUACUACUGAGUACGUACACGCACUUGUGAGUGUGCACCGAGUUUUCCGACACGGCUUCCGGUAGUAAAUGCGCAGGCGAGCGCUUCCCCAUCUACUGGGGAAACGCAGUCAUUGCAGGCAAUAUGACCAAAAAAACGUUUUAAUAAUACAAUUUAUUCAGGGUUGGCGGGCCGGAUUAAACGGUCCCGUGGGCCGGAUGUGGCCCGCGGGCCGUAGUUUGCCCACCCCUGGUCUAGCCUGUUGUUGCUCGUUCAUGUAUGUUCUUGGUGUUGGAUUUUGUCGAAUAAAUUUCCCCCAAAAUGCGACUUGUACUCCGGAGCGACUUAUAUAUAUAUUUUUUCACGUUAUUGUGCAUUUUAUGCCUAAUGCGACCUCCGGAGCGACUUUUAGUACGAAAAUUACGGUAUUACAUAAAUAACACGUUUAUAAAACCAUCUGUGUCACUUCAAUUCAUUAAAUCCAUCGAUCGUCUUUUAUGUCAACAAUGCCAGCCGGGUGCGCGCCUGACAGCGUUUGCACUUCAAAAUAUUCCACAGGCCCAUAUAACGAUAUAAAAAAAAUUAAAUUAUCAUUUUUUUUUUUUUAAUUGGGUGCGUAUUAUACAUGGGUACGGGCUUUUUUUCCAGCAUCAACAUGCCAUUUUUAGGGUGCGUAUUAUACAUGGGGGCGCAUUAUACACGGAAAAAAACGAUAAUAAGAAAAAUGAUUGAUGAAAUUGCAGAACCAUUUACUCACAUAUGCAAUAUGUCUUUCACAUCUGGUAAAUUUCCAAAUGACAAGAAAAUAGCUAAAGUUAUACCUCUAAAAACCAGCUCAGUGGCCUAGUGGUAUAGUGUCCGCCCUGAGACUGGAAGGUUAUCAGUUCAAACCCCGGCCGGGUAAUACCAAAGACUAUAGAGGCUUUGCAGUCACGUGAUUUUAUCACGUGAUUUUGUGUUAUGCCGCCAUCUUGCCGGUCAACCGGUCAGCUCGUUCCUACGUGUUCGUACAGAUUCAGUUUGAUUUCUGCGCUACAUUUUCACCGAUUUCAUCCGAAUUAUGGCUGAUUUGCUAUCCAAUGAAAUUGGGCAUUUGGAUGAAGAAUCCAAGAAACGUUACCGAGAGAAGUUGAACCUUGUUGGCACAACGGAUUCGUACCUUUUACCGAGAAGCAUGCUAAAAUCGCCUGAGCAUUUUGCAACAGCCGACCUGCCUGAUCUCUCAUAUCCAGAUAUUUAUAAUUACCUCGUCGAUUCACCAUCUCCGUACACUGGAAAGGACCUUAAGUCAUACAAGAGUCUGGAUGCCUACAAGUAUUUUACAGCAGGUUUUGUGCAUGAUGGGCUGAUAUGGCAGAUUCCAAACAAGAAUCGAUUUCUUCUCAUAACCAAGGUAAGGAAAAUAUCAUAUUGAAAUCUGAGAAAUUAAUUCCUACAAUAAAACAUUACAUAAUUUCCAACUAUUCAGUAUAGAGCUUAUGCAACAAUUUGUACAAAAAUACUUUUUAGAAUUCAUGCUUGAUAAUUCCUUUUGGUCUCUUGCUCAAAAUGAACCAUGUUUAAAUGUUCAAGCUAAUUUAAUGAAUGAUUCACGAGAGAAUUUACCAAAUGCCAGGUAAAAUAUGCAUAAAUGGACAGUAAGAGGUCUGUCUAGCCUUGUAUAUUAUAUCCAAAUUAGGGACUGAUAAUAAUAUAAGGUAUGUCAUAUUAUCUGUUUCAGGUAAAACACUCAACGGAUGAAUGAUCCUCCCCUCAGACCUUGGGUAGCAAUAGCAAAAUAUGGUCAGAUCCUGUGCUGGCACUGUACCUGCAUGGCUGGAUUGGGUGAAACAUGUUCACAUUCAGCAGCAUCCCUGUUCGCCCUGGAGACAUUAAUACGUAUGAAGACGGACACUUCAUGCACAUCACUACCUUUUCAGUGGCUGAAACCAUCAGCAUCGCACAUAGAAUAUGCUGAAGGAUGCAAUAUCGAUUUUGCCCGUCCAGCCCAGAAAAGGAAGUCAGAAGUUUCAACUCCUGAGGAAAGUGCCGCAAGAAAAUUGCUGAAUGUUCCUCCACCAACUGAAGAGCAGAAAGCUGCAUUUUACAAGGCUUUGUCUGAAUGCGGUGACCAGCAAUUUUGAGCAUUGUCCCUGACUAUGCUGACAACUUUGUGCCAAGGGAAGUGAAGCGAAAGCUUCCUGUACCUCUCUUGUAGCUGUACGAUUCUGGCAAUAUGAAACUCCCAGAUGAACUUGCACUAAAAUGCCGGUCAGAGCUGGAAAAGUUACAUUCCAUUACCAGAGAGCUGAGAUCUGCGGUUGAAGAAGAGUCCAGGGGCCAAGCAACAUCAACAACUUGGUUUUCAACAGCCACAACUAGCAAAAGGUUUGGACACCCCUGAUCUAGCUCAUGCCGGGGGAUCCCAAGGCAUUCCUAGGCCAGCCGAGAGAAACUCUCUCCAAAGCGUCCUGGAUCGUUCCCGGGUUCUCCUGCCGGUGGGACAUCCCCAGUCUUCCAAUCCAGAGGCAUGGUCCCCGAUGUCCACGCAAUGAGGCGUGUCAGCCAGGACAGCCCCACAACAUUCAGAGUCUCCAGGCCCUGUUUCCACAAUGUGUGGGCGUGUCGGUGGAAUUGAGGAGGUCUUCAAAGUAUUCUCCCCACCGACUUACGACACCCGAGUCGAGAAUGAACCGACCCACACAGCGACCAGCGCUUGGACCCCCCUCCAUCACCAGCUUCCGUUGUCCAAGCCAAGCCGAAGCCAAGAAGCCAAAGCCAAGAAGCCAAAGCCAAGAAGCCAAAGCCAAGAAGCCAAAGCCAAGCAAAACCAAAGCCAAGCCAAGCGAAACCAAAGCCAAGCCAAGCGAAACCAAAGCCAAGCCAAGCGAAACCAAAGCCAAGCCAAGAAACCGAGCCAAGCCAAGAAACCGAGCCACGCCAAGCAACCGAGCCACGCCAAGCAACCGAGCCACGGCAAGCAACCGAGCCACGGCAAGCAACCGAGCCACGGCAAGCAACCGAGCCACGGCAAGCAACCGAGCCACGGCAAGCAACCGAGCCACGGCAAGCAACCGAGCCACGGCAAGCAACCGAGCCACGGCAAGCAACCAAGCCACGGCAAGGAACCAAGCCACACCAAGCAACCAAGCCACGCCAAGCAACCAAGCCAAGAAACCAAGCCAAGAAACCAAGCCAAGAAACCAAGCCAAGCCGCCUUCAGCUACGCAUGACCAGCGGCCGACCCCCGACCCAGUCCCGACGGCGCGGAUGCUGCGGCCGCCACCAGUCCAGGCGGCGUGGAUCCGGCGGCCGUCACCCCGUCGGUCUUCGGAGGCGUGUGCAGUGCGGCUGCCUCCCCGUUCCCUCCCGCCCCUUCUUGGACAGUUUUGGGUUGUUGUUGUUUUUUUCUCUUUUUUGGGACGUCAGGGGCCGUCCCUUGUGGGGGGGGGGUUCUGUCACGACUCGCCCCAAUCAUGUCCAUAUUGUGAUAGUGUCUGUCCGUGUGUCUGUGUGCUCGCCCCUCCCCUCCUGUGUUCCAAUGAUCAGUGUGAUCAUUCUCACCUGCCUCUCAUUUCCAGUCUUGUAUUUAAGUCCUGUCUCCGUGUCACUCGCCUGUCGGUUCAUUGCUAAUGUCACCCGGCCCCUUUGUCUCACAUCUCGUUCAGUUUCUGUUGUUGGUUUGAUCCGUCCCUGUCCGCGCCCACUGUUCCUGUUCCUGUCGUUUAGUUUUCCUCGGUCUGUCUGGAGGCUCACAGUCAGAUUUUAUCCUUGCCCAAGUAUCCAAGUGUCCAAGUGGACUUCUGUCUGUUUGCUGGCCGUGAGUUUCUAUCCCGUCUGUGUCUUCGUUUCCCCACCUGACUCCCUUCCAACUCCCUUUCCCUUCAAUAAACCCUGGUCCAAGCUGCACUUGGUCGCCCUGCUCCAUCUUUCACUCCCGAUCCUGACAGUCUCUACUGUAUACAGUGUUAACGAUGCACUGCUCCCCAGAAGCCAUCCGGAAGUCAUUCGCCAUGUUCUUGUCAAACUAUUUCCACGCCCGGGUUUUUGCCUCAGCAACCUCUUGGCCAUCCGGUACAUGCCGGCUGCCUCCGGAGUCCCCCAGGCCAAAAUGGCCUGAUAGAACUCCUUCAGCUUGACAGCAAUCCUUACCGCUGGUGUGCACCAGCAGGUUCGGGGGUUGCCGCCAUGACAGGCACCGACCACCUUAAGGCCACAUAUCCGGUCAGCCACCUUAACGAUGGAGGCAUGAAACAUGAUCCACUCAAACUCAAUGUCCCCCACUUUCCCCAGGAUGUGGGAAAAGCUCUGCCCGAGGUGUGAGUUAAAGCUCUUUCUGACAUGGGAUUCUGCCAGACAAUCCCAGCAGACUCUCACAGUACAUUCGGGUCUGCCAGGUCGGACCGGCAUUUUAAAAAGUCAAAGUCAAAGUCUCCUUGAUUGUCAAUCCCUUCAUAUGUCAAGACACACAAAGAAACUGAAAUUCCGUUUCCUCUAUCCCACGGUGACGAGACAUAGUACACGAUAGACAUACAAGUAGGUGACACAAAAUAAAAACAAGAAGGCACAAACAAUAAAUAUAAUAAAUAAUGAGUGAUGAAUAAACAAUAAACAAAUAACACAAUAAAUAAGAGGAGCAAAACUGAGCCAGUGUGCAUACAGCAGACAGUAAGCAUAGCGCAAAGUACAGGACGCUACGCAGAAAGGGGGAGAGAGUUCAGGAACCUAACAGCCUGGAGUAUGAAGCUGUUUGUGAGUCUGGUGGUGCGGGAGCGCAGGCUCCUGUACCUCUUCCCAGAGGGCAGAAGCUCAAACAAAGAGUGAGCGGGGUGACUCACAUCACUCACAAUUGUGGUCGCCUUGCGGGUCAGAUGGGAGAUGUAAAUGUCUUUCAAGGAGGGGAGUGGAGCACCAAUAAUCUUACCAGCCGUGUUCACUAUGCGCUGCAGGGCCUUCAAGUUGUAGUCAGUGCAGCUGCCACCCAAAACAGCAAUACAGCUGGAGAGGACAUUGGAGCCAACCCACCACCAGGUGGUGAUCAGUUGACAGCUCCGCCCCUCUCUUCACCCGAGUGUCCAAAACACGCGGCCGCAAAUCCAAUGACACGACUACAAAGUUGAUCAUUGAACUGCGGCCGAGGGUGUCCUGUUGUCAGGUGCACAUUUGGACACUCCUAUGCUUGAACAUGGUGUUCAUUAUGGACAGAAGUCCAGUAAUAUAACACCGCUCAGGACCUAAUCGAGGGGAGGGGCGUUCUUCCCAAUCCCGCCCUUCCAGGUCUCACUGUUAUUGCCCACGUCAGCAUUGAAGUCACCCAGCAGAACAAUGAACUCCUCAGAAGGACCGUUCUCCAGCACUUCUUCCAAGGACUCCAAAAAGGGUUGGUACUCUGAACUGCCGUUUGGUGCAUAGACACAAACAGCAGUCAGGACCCUCUCGUUUAUCGGGGUGAACCCCAAUAUGCAGGUGCCCAGCCGGGGGAAAUGACGCCCACACCUGCUCGGCCAAUCUCACCUUGGGCAACUCCAGAGUGGAAAAGAGUCCAGCCCCUCUCAAGAGGAUUUGUACCAGAACCCAGAACUGUGUGUGGAGGCGAGUCUGAACUCUUCUGCCUCGAACACCAGCUCAGGCUCCUUUCCUGCCAGAGAAGUGACAUUCCAUUUCCCAAGAGCCAGCUUCUGUAGCUGGGGUUCAGUGUACCAAGGUCUUUAGCCACCGCCCAUCUCUCUCGGCACCCGACCCCUUUGGCCCCUCCCACAUGUAGCUCAUGGGAAGGGGGGAUCCACGUUGCCUUUUCAGGCUGUGCCUUUGAGCUUGCCUUUGAGCCCCACCUCCAGAGAAUAGCACCAAGGCUUCUCAUUUCGAAGUAAAAAAGUGAAAAUAAAAAUGGAAUAGCACCAGCUGAUCUAAAAAUGUCUAUACUUCACCUUUUUCAAAUAUUGUAAUGCAUUUAAAUGUUGUGUGUUAAUUUUCUAGAAGUUUAUUGCAUAAAACCGCUAAGACUAAUAAAGCUUAUUAUGCAGGUUGACUGCAAAAACGUUCAGUUAUUAGGUGAUUACCUCAUCACUAAAUGAUUCCCGAGCGCGGCACCGCUGCUGCUCACUGCUGCUCACUGCUGCUCACUGCUGCUCACUGCUCCCCUCUCCCCCAGGGGAUGGAUUAAAAUCACACGGGGAUGGGUUAAAUCAGUGCUUCUCAAAUAGUGGGGCGCGCCCCCCUUGGGGGGCGCGGUGCUAUUCCUGGGGGGGCGCGUGUGACCCUGGGGAACAGGCUUUUUAUUUGGCAGUACUAGAAUAAAGUGUAAUUGCGCGUUUACUACAGCAGGGGGCAGUGGCGCUCUCAUUGUUACUUCUGUCACGUUUGCGACAGUGCAACAUUUUACGACUUACAAGACAAGUUAGGAUAGUCACGGUGGGGAGGGGGGGCGCGAAUAGUUUUCUUCUUGCUAGGGGGGGGCGUAACAGAAAAUAAUUGAGAAGCACUGGGUUAAAUGCAGAGGACAAAUUGCACCACACCCAGACGUGUGUGUGAUGAUCAUUGGGACUUUAAUCUUAAUCUUUAAUUUUAAUUUGGAAAAUGUCUUAUUCACAGCUACUUUGAGUGUUACAUGAGUCUCUCUCUCUCUCUCUCUCUCUCUCUCUCUCUCUCUCUCUCUCUCUCACU